GGCCGCUCAGGGAAUACAUGACAUGUUGAGUAAGGAGUGGUUCAAGCGAUGGCUCAAAUGGCUCAAGCCAUCACCUCUCGCUCAUCACCUCUCACUCAGCUUGCUCACCACGUGAGCCGCUCCAUUGCCUUCCGGGCGCGAAAACCCGAGGCAGCCAUGGCCCUGUCGGCGUUCGCGGCGGCUCCGUCGCAGCCGGCGGCCGCUGGGCGUCUCCUUGCGCCGGCGGCGGAGGCCCGCGGCCGACCAGAGCCCGCUGGCGUGGAGCUCUCCGCGGGUGCCGCGGUGGGCCCCGGCGCCAUCGGGCUGGCCGCGACUGGCGGCGCAGCGGCGGGCCAGGCGCCCGAAGAAGUCCGCGGGCGCCCGCGGGCUCAGGGUCGUGGCGUGCGCCGGCGCCUCCCGCAGGGCGGCCUGGGCGACAGGAUCAAUGAGGCCCUCGAGGACGAAGGCAUCUACAUCGACGUGACCAAGGUGCAGGAGGUGGGCAAGAAGGUGCGCCAGAUGAUCAUGGACCAGCCCCUGCAGGCCGAGUUCGAGGACGAGCUGAAGCGGCAGUGGGAGCGCGUCUCCCAGGGGAACGAGGGCUUCCGGGUCACCGUGCGCUCCUCGGCCACCGCGGAGGACUUCCCGGACGCGUCAUUCGCUGGCCAGCAGGAGACGUACCCCAGCGUGCUUGUGUACGAGAACUUGAAGGAGAACGUGCACCAGAGCUAUGCCCCCCUCGUCACAGAUCACGCCGUCUCCAACCGCCACGAAAAGGGCUUCGACCACCGCACUGUCCAGCUAUGCGCCUGCGUCCAGCAGAUGGUCCGCAGCGAGGCGGCCUCCGCCGGCGUGAUGUUCACGCUCGACACCGAGCCCGGGUUCCAAGACGCCGUCUUCGUCACCUCGGCAUGGGGCUUCGGCGAGACCGUGGUCGGAGGGACCGUCAACCCCGACGAGUUUCACGUUUUUGAAAUGACGCUGCGGCAGGGCAAGGAGGCGGUGGUCUCGGAGACGAUGGGCUCCAAGCUCGCCAAGACGGUGCACGCCAAGGAGGGCGGCAGCAAGACCACCGAUACCAUCCCCGAGAGGCGUGCUGGCCGCUUUAAGAACCGCCCCAGGUUCAGUUCCAGGUCGCCGCGCCAUUGGUGACCAGCGCCUUGGCACACCUGCAACAGCCAGGUGCCGCACAGCGUCGGACGGGAGCGCCCAACUAGUUGUACAGCUUCUUGUUAGAUUGCGCGGACUCUUUGAAUUUGACAAGCAGUUGUCCCCCCCGGCGCGCGGGCCCGCCCUGCGCCUCCAGUCCGCGGCUGCGGGGCCGCGACACAUGGGCCAGCUCGCCUUCCAGGGUUGCCCCUCGCACGUUUGAUUUCGCGUUGUUCUUGUCGUGCGCUCACGCGCGCAGCGUGGGCCAUCCCCCUGGUGCGCGGAGCCCGCCCGAUGCCUCCACUCCGCGGCUGCGGGGCUGUGGCAUUUGGGCCAGCUCGCCGCCCAGGGAUAGCCCCUCGCACGUGGUCGAUUUUGUCUUUGUUACAUGCCUCGCCUUCGCGUCGGACCUCGCGUCGCGCCGACCGAUCCCCCGCGCCUGCGUCACCGGCGUGGCGCUGGCGGGUUGCGUCUUCCGAUUGCGGUACGUUGCGCGCCAGAUCUCUUCCAUUCCUUCCCCCUUGCCCCCUUUUUCCCCCUUCCUUCGUCUCUCGCCUAUCAUUAGCGCUGUCAUUGUUACUCACCACCGCCAUGGUCGUGCAAUUUCGGUUGUACGGCGUUCGGGCCUCGCUUUUCUUCGCCGACGCGCGCCGUCGCCCUUUGAUUUUAUUUUGUCGAUCCGUCGUUGGUCCCCAGCUCUUUUCCAUAUUACACGCUGCGCCCUACCGAGUGGGACUGGCGCGUGGCCGCGGCGAGUCUCGGUUUUCGCCCGCCGCGCCCGCCCUGCUAAAUGCCUCCCUUCUCUCCCCCUCCUCUCUUGCCCCUUCUUCGCGCAUGCCGCGCGUUCGUUCCUCUUUCAGGCCACGGUUCAACGCAUGAGUUUACCUGUUGCAGGUCGGCUCUUGGGGCGCUCUUGGUUUGCCUGGUGACCUUUUGAUUCGCGCGGCGGUCGAGGCCGAAUCAGGCGACGUUCUGCGGUCGCGUCCCUUCCUCCUCUUCCAAGUCAGAUGCAGGGCAAGGAGUGGGGGUGCCAGAGAAAGGAACGGAG